GGAGUGCAGUGCAGUGGGGUGGAGCGGACUUCAAUGGAGCGGACUGCUGAGAAUAUGAUUGUAGAGCCAGUUUGGUCGGAGAUGGACAAUGGCUCUUUCCCGAGGUCUGAGAUGCUGUGCCCGGGUGUUUUCCUGGAUACCUGUCCUCAUAAUCACCUCCGUGGUGCUGUGGUCCUACUACGCCUAUGUGUUUGAGCUAUGUGUAUUCACUAUCAGCAACACAUUGGAGAAGGUGGCCUACCUACUGGUGUUCCAUGUGUGUUUUGUGAUGUUCUCCUGGACCUAUUGGAAGGCCAUCUUCACUCCUCCUGCCACACCCUGCAAGAAGUUCCAGCUGUCGUACUCCGACAAGGACCGUUAUGAGCGGGAGGAGAGGCCUGAUGCUCAGAAACAGAUUCUGGUGGACAUCGCUAAGAGUCUCCCCAUCUUCACGAGAGCUACGUCUGGAGCUAUCAGGUUCUGUGACCGGUGCCAGGUGCUGAAGCCUGACCGCAGUCACCAUUGCUCUGUAUGUGAAACGUGUGUUCUGAAGAUGGAUCAUCACUGUCCGUGGGUGAAUAACUGUGUGGGGUUCUCCAACUACAAGUUCUUCCUCCUCUUCCUGUCCUACUCCAUGGUCUACUGUGUGUUCAUCUCUGCCUCAGUCUUCAGAUUCUUCAUCAACUUCUGGGUGGGGGACCUGCCAAAUGGACCCGCUAAGUUCCACGUUCUCUUCCUGAUGUUUGUGGCUUUGAUGUUCUUGGUCAGUCUCAUGUUCCUGUUGGGUUACCACUGCUGGCUGGUCGUCCAGAACCGGUCCACACUAGAGGCGUUCUCUGCUCCAGUCUUCACGACAGGACCAGACCGUAAUGGUUUCAAUGUGGGGAUCAGGAGGAACCUGCAGCAGGUGUUUGGAGACAAUAAGAGACUCUGGUUCCUGCCUAUCUGCACCAGCCAAGGAGAUGGCCACUACUUCCCUCUGAAGAGCCUGAGUGAAUCCUCAACCUCUCUAUUAGCCAAUGAGGAGAAAUGGGAUGAGGAAGAGGAGUCGGAGGACGACAACAUAAGUGGUGACAGGGAUCCCUCUGUUACCGUAGAGAUGGACGAAGAGGAGUAGGAUCACUUUAUGGACUUUAUAAACGGUGCAGUGGGUGUUGUACCCUGAGGAGGCAGACACACCCUGUGGGACCAUCGGACACACGGAAGACCUCAACGUGCAGCCAAAACUUUCUUAGACGUCAUCCUUCUCAAUAUCAGGAAGAGUUUUCAGUUCACCAUGGAGGAAGGACAAUGUUAGGGGAACAGAAGUCCGUUAAUAUUAUGUCACAGGACACGAUUGUUUUAAGAGAAAGACCAUGUCUAGCACUGUCUCCUUACUUCUGUUGUCUCGGUCUCUCUACUUCUGUUGUCUCGGUCUCUCUACCUCUCCUGUAUUAUUGUGUAUCUUAUAUAGUACUAGGCUGCUAGCUAGCUUUUCAUUUCUCGCCUGUUUUUUUUGCCUGUAUUUUGUUAAUGUAAAUAGCUUUGUGAUUUACAUCUUUAAAUGAAAAGAGCUCUAUAAAUGUAAUGUAUUAUCAUUAUUCCAUAUGCAGGGCCCUUAAGGCCCAAUCAGAAUGGAGAAAGCCCAUUAAAACCACAUGUAUUUGUUGUCAUCUUA